UCGCGUCCUGUUCAUACGGUGUUGAGCGCCAUUUUGAUUAUUGUAUAAUUUACGCGCACAUGCAGUUACUUAUUUUAUAAAAAUAUAUAAUAAUUAAUAAAUAUUGAAAUUAAAUUUUAUAAAAAUUUAAUUAUUCAGAUUAAGUGUCAAAAUUUUUUAAUAUGGUCAAGACAAGAGACGAGUGGAUCCGUUGGUUUACCAGCGAUGAAGAGAUAAAAUCUUAUCAUGUGGGCGACGAUACUGUGUUAGAAAAUUUCGAGGUUAAGUCACAUGUGUCGAGGGUACAUCCUCUGUAAAGACCAAGUAUAGUCCGCAGACUCCUCUCUUUAAAAUCUACGCCAGUAAUGGCAAGUCACAGACGACAAAAAUGGUAUUUUGGGGCAAAAAUGCCACUAAGUGGUCUCCAUUGAUUAGUGAGCGUUCGAUUAUACGUGUUCAAUGGGCCAAGGUGUGCACUCCUAACUCUCAAUGGAAAGGACUAGUUGCUGUAACUGCCAAUACUGAAUUGAAUAUUCAGGCUAAUACGACUAUUACUUUUGAAGAUGAGAAGUUUUUGGACCCUGUAGUGGUUAAUUCUAAUCCGGUGGUUUAUGAAGAAAUCUUAUUGCAAGAUAUUGCUGCUCAUCAAGAUAAAAAAAUUAACGUGAAAGGUUGGAUUAAGGUACCAUUUCAACACGUUACUUUCGGCGGAGGUAGCCGUGGAUGUGGUUCAAUUGUAGACCAUGAAUGGCGUAUCAGAGUAACCGUUCGCUUAUUUCUCGACAAUCCCCUUUUAAAAAAAGGGUCACAUGUUUCUGUCAACGGUGUGAUUUCUCCACAUUACGGUUCUUCAUUAAUUUGCGACAACAUUGGUGAUGUUGUGAUCACCGCUAAUGAGAAUAUACUCUCUGAGGAUGAAUUGAACGGGAUGGGAUUUUACACACCGAAACGCAAGAUAGAAGGCGAUACUGAGAAGCCAUCUUCGAAAAGAUCACCGUUUGAUAAUUAACUCUAAAGUAACGUUAAAUAAUUUAUUAUUUUUGAAAAAAAUUGCGUGACCUGAUUAAAAUUAGCAGCUAUAAUUAAACCAUCAAUUGGAAGAAGGAAAUAAUUCCAAAAAAAAGUAAUGCCCGAUAAAAAAAGAUUUUAUACGAUUGUAUAAAAUUAUAUACAAAAAAUGGCCCGAUCGGAAUGUAUACAACUGUAUAAAAAUUGUAUACAAUUCUAUAAAAAAUGUCUACAAUUGGAUCGGGCCAUUUUUUCUAUUCAAUUUAUAUAUAGUCUAUAUAUAAUUGUAUAAAAUCUUUUUUCAUCUGGUGGAGAUGAUUCCCUUCUUCUAAUUAUAAAUCAUGAAGUGAAUAGCUUAUACGUAUUGAUUAGUGGAAUAAAGUAUUAUUUGAUUUAAAAAAUCAGUAUUAAAAGUAUGACUGAAUUUAAUCCUAAUAGUAGUUACACUUCAUGAUAUUAAGUAGUUAAUAAAACGUAAAUUUAUUAAUUAAUUGAGAUUAAUUAAGAACAAAAGUUAC